GCUGUAGCCACACAACAAUCAUAAUCUUUCCCACUGACUUCCAGUCUUCCACCGGUCCAGAGUGCCGAAUCGCGCUGCUAAGAUCCGCCUUUUCCGGGACUCGCAUAUUAUCAGCUGGCUCUCGUCCUUUGGCUUCCUGCCUUAUCGCCGUCUUCUACUCUCCUCUCCCAUCUCCAUUCUUCAAAAUACCUCUCUGCUCUUCCCUUUCUGUCUUUAAUUGACCGGACAAGAUGUUUUCUCUAAGGACAGCGCGCCCGGCACAGUCUUUACUCCGUAAAGGAGCGGCCGCUUCUUUCGCCCGGUCUAUUCCUGUCAGAUCCCUGGCAACUGUCCAGUCAGACAUUUUCAAACCGACAAAGUAUGGCGGAAAAUAUACUGUUACACUCAUUCCAGGUGAUGGUAUUGGCGCCGAGGUUGCCGAAUCCGUCAAGACUAUCUUCAAGGCCGACAACGUGCCCAUCGAGUGGGAGCAGGUAGACGUCAGUGGUGUGGAUACGGGCAACAAGCACUCGGAAGAGCUGUUUAAGGAGUCAAUCGAGUCCCUCAAGCGAAACAAGCUCGGUCUCAAGGGUAUUCUUUUCACUCCUGUGGAGCGCUCCGGUCACCAGUCAUUCAACGUCGCCCUCCGCCAGGAGCUCGAUAUCUAUGCUUCCAUCGUCCUUAUUAAGAACAUCCCCGGAUAUAAGACACGUCAUGAGAAUGUCGACCUCUGCAUCAUUCGUGAGAACACCGAAGGAGAAUAUUCUGGCUUGGAGCAUCAGUCUGUGCAGGGAGUGGUGGAGUCGUUGAAGAUUAUCACGCGCGAGAAGUCCGAGCGCAUUGCAAAGUUUGCCUUCAGCUUCGCUCUUGCAAACAACAGGAAGAAGGUUACAUGUAUCCACAAGGCGAAUAUUAUGAAGCUUGCCGAUGGGCUCUUCCGCAGCACGUUCCACAACGUUGCGCAGACAUUCCCGACUCUCGAGGUGAAUGACAUGAUUGUCGACAACGCAUCUAUGCAAGCCGUCCAGCGACCGCAGCAGUUUGACGUGAUGGUCAUGCCCAACCUCUACGGAGGCAUCCUCUCCAACAUCGCCGCUGCUCUCGUUGGUGGACCUGGCUUGGUCCCUGGCUGCAACAUAGGCCGCGACAUUGCUGUUUUCGAACCCGGUUGCCGCCACGUUGGCCUUGAUAUCAAGGGCAAGGACCAGGCGAACCCCACUGCUAUGAUCCUCUCUGGCUCUAUGCUUCUCCGCCACCUUGGUUUGGACGAACAUGCCAACAGAAUUUCCAAGGCUGUAUAUGACGUUAUCGCUGAAGGUAAAACAAGAACCCGCGAUAUGCACGGCACUGCAACCACCCACGAGUUUACUAGGGCUGUUCUGGAUAAGAUGGAGACUGCUCUAUAAGCGUCUGGAAUAUAACCGAGUGAAUGGUGGCCUGCGCUGGUUGGCAGUAUACCCACUUUACUUAUCCUUGUCGAAACAAUCAUGAAAGAACACAUUCUACC